CUUAGUUCAAGUCUCCUGCACGUGAAUUAAAGUAGAAAACAUCAACACAAACGUAAAAGCCAACCAAACACGGUCUUACGAGUUUGCGGUGGAGGAUGUAGAGACACGAACUCGGCUCAAGCUUCAUUGAGAAGAACAUGACGGUAAUGGAAAAUAAUAAGGAACAGUUGAAAAAGUGUCAAAGGAAAAGAACCUCUUCCUCUUGUUACUCUCGUAUCAACAAUCUUGAUGAUGGUUGUCUUAUGCAUAUCUUCAGUUUCCUAUCCCCUAUUCCAGAUCGCUUUAAUACCGCCCUCGUUUGCCACAGAUGGAAUUACUUGGCGUGUCAUCCUCGGCUCUGGCUUCGGGUAGAUCGAUCGGUUAAAGACUUAUCUGAACCUGGUGUUUUCCCAAACAUUGAAACUGCGGUUUCUGCUUCAAGGCAUGUCAAGCCGGGUGAUACCAUUUUAAUAGCAGCUGGUGGAACUCAUCGCGUGGCGAACAUUCAAAUAAAUAAACCACUCUGCUUGAUUGGUGCAGGUGAAAUUCCAGAUGACACGAUGCUCACUUGUUCGCGAGGCUCAGACAGUGCACUCGAGUUCCUUUCCACCUGCAAAUUAUCAAACUUAACCGUGAAGGCCGAGCUCGGUUGCUGCUUGCUUCAUCGAAGCGGAAGGCUGAUCAUAGACGGAUGCUUACUCCAAUGCGAGUCCAACCCUCUCGAUUUUCUCUCAUGUCCCAUCGUAAGUACCGCCUGCAGCAGCGAGGUGCUUCCGUCACAAACCAAGUGCAACAACGGCGUAUUUGUUUCUCAGACUCGCAUUGAAGGAGGCGCGAAAGCCGUUUUGACGAGCGGAGAUCUGGCGUUGCAGCGAGUGAGAGUGGUUUAUGCAAGAACUUCUCUUCUUUUCUGGUUUGAUGUAGAGGAGAUGUUAUCAAAUUGACCAUAAGGGGUCUCUGUUGUUAUUUGUUCUAUAAUUUAGUUUAGUGAAGUGAUGAUUCUUUUUGUGAUGCAUUGUGUGCUUUUGUUGUGUACUAUAGUCUAACUUGUUAUUAUGUAACUUAGUUUACUAUAUGAUGUCGUCUAACUUUAAUGUAAUAAUAAGAUGAUGUGUUUAAUGGUAUUUGGUUUACUAUGA